AUAAGCGCGGACCCAGGCUCUUCCUUGUAGUGCCGCUGGGAUCGUUGGCGUGUGGCGGUGUUGCAGCUUUUGUAUUCGUCGCUCUUUGGGCGCUGCGAGCUGAAACAGCGGAGCUCGCGGGCCAGUCAUCAUGUCGCGUUACGGGCGGUACGGAGGAGAAACCAAGGUGUAUGUCGGUAACCUGGGAACUGGUGCUGGCAAAGGAGAGUUAGAAAGGGCUUUCAGUUAUUAUGGCCCCUUAAGAACUGUGUGGAUUGCGAGAAAUCCUCCAGGAUUUGCCUUUGUGGAAUUUGAAGAUCCUAGAGAUGCAGAAGAUGCAGUGCGAGGCCUGGAUGGCAAAGUGAUUUGUGGUUCCCGAGUGAGAGUUGAACUAUCAACAGGCAUGCCUCGGAGAUCUCGUUUUGAUAGACCACCUGCCCGCCGUCCCUUUGAUCCCAAUGAUAGAUGCUAUGAGUGUGGCGAAAAGGGACAUUAUGCUUAUGAUUGUCAUCGCUAUAGCCGACGAAGGAGAAGCAGGUCACGGUCUAGAUCACAUUCAAGAUCCAGAGGUAGGCGAUACUCUCGCUCACGCAGCAGGAGCAGGGGAAGGAGAUCAAGAUCAGCAUCUCCUCGACGAUCGAGAUCUGUGUCUCUUCGUAGAUCAAGAUCAGCUUCACUCAGACGAUCUAGGUCUGGUUCUAUAAAAGGAUCGAGGUAUUUCCAAUCCCGAUCCAGGUCGAGAUCAAGAUCGAGGUCUCUUUCACGACCAAGAAGCAGCCGUUCAAAGUCCAGAUCUCCAUCUCCAAAAAGAAGUCGUUCCCCUUCAGGAAGUCCGCGAAGAAGUGCAAGUCCUGAAAGAGUGGACUGAAGUUCUCAAGUUCACCUUUUAGGGAAAAGUUAUUUUGUUUACAUUAUUAUAAGGGAUUUGUGAUGUCUGUGUAACCUAGGGAAGGGUAUUUUCAACCAUCUAAUCAGAAUGGAUCUGGACUAUUACUGUGUAAAUUCACAGCAGUAAGAUAAUAUAAAUUUUUGUUGAAUGUAUUAACAUCCUAUGGUCUGAAAAUGUGGGUUUUUAUUUGGCACAUUUAAAUAAAAUGUUUCUAACUAGAUUUUUGAUUUGUGUUCCAUAUUAAUACUCAAUUUGGUAAACUUCAGGAGUCAAUAUUAACUAUGUUUAUGCAGACCUACGUUCAAACUUAAUGGUGUUACUUAAGUCUUGAACAUCACUAAUUAGUAUACAUACAUAUAAGAAAUUCUUUUUUACCCUUAGAGCUUUGGUUAAGAACUUGAGUCCUCCUUAAUUUUGCAUCAUGACAAUUCCAAUUCUUUUGGAGUUGGUGUUACUAGAACGACAGGAACUAAUAAUGAGUUUUUAAAUGUGGUUUAUAAGAAGUAGUGGACCUGAUGUUGGAGACUGAGUUUUUUGAAGGUUAUUUUACGUACAUUAACUGAGGUUUUCAGGCUGUUACAUGGGAUGGUGUCAAAUUAGAGCUCCUCAUUUUAGGAAGUUCAUUCUAUUCAAUGUUCUUUGUUUUCAACAUAACCAGUUUUAUACCAAAAUUUUUGCAUGUUUGAGGAAUUGUCUGAGUUUGGGGCAAAACAUCUUGAUGUAAACCAGCUUUGCAAAAUUUUCCAGUCCAGAUACUCUUCUCUGUCCCUUAAAAUAGAUUGCCUUACUCUGAGCAGAGAUCUGUUAGUUCCCAAGCUAGGUUUUUUUCAGUUCCCGAACACCACCAUACUUGAUCUCAUUUUGCCAGGCUGGUGCAAAGUAAUCAAAGAUGUCAAUCAGAAAUGUUAAUGAGACAAAAGCAGUUUUGUAAAUCCCACCUAUAUUUAGCAACACUUCAUGUAGUUAUUUUCUGGUAGCACCUGGUAGACCUUAGAAUGUUAACAGCCAGUCGAUUCUUUAUUCUGACUUUAAAUAUCUUACAUAUAGUAAGGCAGUAAUAGUUUGAGUUUUCUGGUCAAGCUUUUACCAAGUAUUCUCUAGCCUUGGUGCAAAAAGAAAAAAAAGCUGGUGGCACAGCUAUCUGCCCUUGUUUCUUGUGCUUUUAAACAAAGUUAUUGGGUGGCAUUGCAAUUUGAAAAUACUGAUCUGCCUCAUUUAUUUAGUGGUCUAAAUGAUCACUAGUAUGUUGGAAGUUUGGAUGCUUUGUUUUUGGAAUUUUGACAAUUGGCUGCUUUAUAUGGUUGGUAUAAAGCUAUGUGUGUAAUCAGCAGGCUUAUUUGUUGCACUUGGUCAGCUUUAAUUGUUCUGUAUAUAUAAAGAUAAGUUUACUCAACAAUAAAUCUGCAGAGAAUAAA